GUUGCCAAACAGCCCCUCAAGGUGAAAAUUUUCUCCAAAGGAGUACAGAACACCUGGGAGAGCUACGACGGCAUCACGAGAAAAAAGUUGCGUUUUUUCUAUAAUAUAUGGUAUUUCAGUCCAUUUUCCCGUUCACAAAACCGGCACCGCCUCCUUACACGGGAGGAGGAAGUGGUUGAGCAGUGCUCUGCCGGUUGAAAUCCUUUCAACUUGAUCAUGACAAUCAAAUUCUUGGGAAUUUGCUAAAAUGCGUUAAUGAAUGGCUGCCACGACUUAUCUCUUUUCCUGCUCUCCCUCCAUUCGAUCCUCUUUAUCCAUUCAAACUCUGCCGCCGGCGACCACCGUCACUCCAUCUCGUUCUAGUCCCCCGCACCUCAUCUCCAAUCUGCCCAUCCGCCAACCCGACAGCCUCCGCCGCCUCCUACGUCUCGCUGGCGAGCAGCGCGACCUCGCCCUCGGCCAGGCCCUCCACGCCGUCAUCACCAAGGCUCACCACCAACAUGAUCAUACUCGGCUUCUCAACUCCCUCAUUACAACUUAUCUCAAGCUCGGCGAACUCUCCGAUGCCCUCCAGGUGAUCGACGAAAUGCCUUUCCCUGAUGUUGCCUCCUUUACCUCCAUUAUUUCCUACUAUGCUAAGUCCGGCAUGGAGAAUGAAGUCGUCAGUCUCUUUGCACGGAUGAGGCAAAUGGAUAUAAACCCUAACGAGUUUAGCUUCGUGGCAUUAGUAACGAAUUGCAUUGGGCAGUUUAAUUUCCAGUUAGGUUCUCAAGUUCACGCUUUUGCUCUAAAAACCCAUUACAGUAACUGCACCCAUGUGUCAAAUGCAUUGAUAGGCAUGUAUGUGCGAUGCGGGCAUGUUGAUUCUGCUCUUCAGGUGUUUGGGGAAAUGCCUGAGAGAGAUGUUUCGUCAUGGAACGCAGCAAUAUUGGGUAUGGUGGAGGAAUGUAGGUAUGCUGAAGCUUUUGAACUCUUUGAUGCCAUGGGUGCUGAUGGGACAUAUGGGGAUCGGUUCUCGUUGUCGACCCUAUUGACUGCUGCAGCUGAGAGUUUUACUGGGGGAGAAGGCAAGGCCAUUCAUGCCUAUGCGCUCAAAAUUGGUUUGGACUUCGAUUUAAGCGUGGGUAAUGCUCUUCUUGCUCUCUACACUAAAUUUGGUCGGAUGGAGGAUUUGCUGUAUAUCUUUGAUAGAUUGCAUGUGAGGGAUGUGAUCUCAUGGACUGCAAUACUUAAUGGAUUUAUGGAAUUUGGUCUGGUAGAAUCAGCCAUUGAUUUCUUCAAUAAGAUGCCUGAAAAAAAUCACAUUUCAUAUAAUGUUGUUUUAGCUGGAUUCUGUAAGAAUGGCCAUGGUUCAGAUGGUUUGGAUUUUUUCCUGCAGAUCUUAAGGGAUGAAGUGGAGAUCUCAGAUUUUACAAUAACAAGUUCAGUGAAAGCUUGUACCUUGGUAUCCGACAUGAAGAAGACCGAGCAGAUUCACGGGUUUAUCAUCAAGUCAGGGUGUAAACCUGGCGCUUGGAUUGAUUCUGCUUUAGUCAACCUGUAUGCCAAAUGUGGUAGGAUGGAAGAUGCACUCAAGAUCUUUGAACAGCAAAGUGAUGAGAAAGAGAAAACCAGUUGUAUCACUUGGACAAGUAUGAUCCAUGCUUAUGGUCGCAACGGACAACCCAAUGAGGCCUUGACUCUUUUUUGUAGGAUGAUCAAAAGAGAAAACUUUUUGAACAUUGAUGAACUUGCAUUGGCUGCCAUUCUUGGAGUCUGUGGCACACUAGGGUUCUUCAAUUUUGGAAAGCAAAUCAAGAGCAUUUCUAUUAAGCUAGGUUUUCUAUGUGAACUAGGAGUAAGUAAUGCAAUUGUUAGCUUGUUUGCUAAAUGUGGUUACUUGAAAGAUGCAGUGCUGUUCUUCAAUCAAAUGCCUGAACAUGAUAUCAUAUCAUGGAACACAUUGAUCAAUGCAUUCCUUCUUUUUCGCCUGGGCGACGAGGCUUUAUCUAUGUGGAAUGAGAUGGAGAAUUGUGCCAUGGUUCCUGAUUCUAUCUCCUAUGUUUUAAUAAUUUCAGCUUGCAAAUACACAAGUUCAAGAUCAAUCUCAAUUCAAAAUUGUGAAAGGCUGUUUUCUGCGAUGUCGAUAUCUCAUAACAUUCGAGCUGGACCAGAGCACUAUGCCGCCAUGGUAGAUGUUUUAAGCUUUUGGGGUUGUUUCGACAAGGCGGAGCAGCUUAUUGAAACCAUGCCUUUUAAGCGCGACACAUACAUUUGGCAAUCAUUGCUCGAAGGUUGCAGGUUGAAAUCUGAUCAUAAACGAGGACGACGGGUAGUCGAGAGGAUCCUUGCUUUAGAACCUCAAGACCCAUUCACCUACAUCCUUAUGUCAAAUCUCUACUCAGCCUCUGGUAGAUGGCAUUGCUCUGAAAAACUAAGGGAGGAGAUGCGAUCGAAAGGGCUGCGGAAGAACCCGGCGCGAAGCUGGGUAACCGGUCAGAAUGGAUUGCAUUCUUUCUUUUGCAGAGAUAAAUCACACCAACAAUACAAAGAUAUAUAUGGGGCAUUGGAUAUACUGAUACUAGAGUGCAUGAAAGCUGGGUAUGAGCCUGAUACAAGCUAUGUGCUUCAUGAAGUAGAAGAGUAUCAGAAAAGAGAUUUCUUGUUCUAUCACAGUGCUAAACUUGCUGUAACAUAUGGGAUUAUAAUGUCCCAAUCCCAAACUGUGAGGGUUGUGAAGAACGUUCGUCUAUGUGGUGACUGUCAUGUGUUUUUGAAGUUUGCUUCCUUUGUAACUUGCAGAGAAAUUUUGUUGAGAGAUUCCACUGGAUUUCAUAUUUUCAAGGAAGGGAAAUGCUCUUGUGGAGAUCGCUGGUGAUUUGAGUGAGUGGAUUGAUUUUUGUUUUGUAUAGAAUAUCUUGUUUUGUGUUGGUGCAAAGAAGAUUUUUUUUAGUCCCUAAUAUUGAGAAUGAGUUUAUGGUUUA